GCAUAACAAUGUUGCACACCGUAACAAGAAAGAAAGCAAUUAACAAUAAUAAAGCUGUUUUUUUUAACUCAACUAAAAUAUUAUCUAACUCAAUUACCGAUUACACCGUGAGAAAUCAAAGGUGAAGAUAUAAAACACGGAGAUUUCCGCCACCCAGAUCUCUACAACCACAACCCGUCAUUCGCCGUUACCACGUAAUCGGAGCCUCUUUUAUUCGCUGCCGCCUUUCCUCUUCACUCAAAGGGGUAUGGUUGUUCAUGAGUAUACAUGAGUUCAAUGCGUUACAACAAACCACGGUUAAUCAUGAACAUAUAUUGCUUUGGAAGGAAUCUCGUCACUGCACCAUCGUGUUCUUUGUCUCCUGUGCAUCUUCCAGCACAAAAGGAAGCACAUUUUUGGUAUGUUUUACCUGAUGAAGUAAAAGGCACAAACCUAUUGAACCGAUAUUUUGAAAUAUUAACACCUUGUGAGAAAGAAAAUAUACUUCGCAUGCGUGGGGAGGAACUGAAGAAAAGUGCCCUCCUAUCUCGUGCAUUGGUUCGCACUACAUUGUCAAGAUACCAGACAAAUUGUCAUGUUGAUCCAAAAUCCUGGAAGUUUAGGAAGAACGAUCAUGGCAAGCCUGAGGUGGAUUGCCAAUAUGCUGAUGAUUGGAGCUUACCACCACUACAUUUUAAUAUCUCGCACACUUCUUCUUUGAUAGCAUGUGGAGUAACUGUGGGCUCACCGAUUGGUAUUGAUGUCGAAGAGAAGCAAAGGAGGUUAAAGAAUGACAUUUUAGCCUUUGCACGUCGAUACUUUUCUCCACAUGAACUAGAAAUGUUGACACAAAUUGUAGACCCUGAGCUUCAGCGUCAGGAAUUUAUAAAAUUAUGGACUUUGAAGGAGGCAUAUGUAAAAGCACUAGGAAGGGGUUUCUCAGCAUCACCUUUUAAUACUUUCACUGUUGGAUUGAGAGACCAUAUGAAAGGAGGCAUCCAUGUUCCACCUCAUGGGAUUUCUAAGGAAGCUGAAAUUACUGUUGAGCCUUUUGGUGAGCUGAACAAUCUUUCAAGCAAUUGGCAUUUUGUGCUUCUAGAGUUGCUUGGUUCUCAUUAUGCUGCCGUUUGCGUAGAAAAGGAAAGCACCAAUACAGGCAAAGGGAGCAUUCCAGUAAAUCUAACGAUACGGAAAACAAUCCCAUUUGUGGGAGAUGAAUGUGUUUCUGGUACUGACCCUGUGGUGGUGAUUGGGGGCUUGAGUAAACUGUUAGUGUGCUGAUUAGUGAUUUUAUAAUAAUAUGGAAGUUUUGCCAACAGCUUUACAUUUUGGAAUCACUGUUCAAACUUAUUUUAGAGCUCCAUUUUUUUUUGUUGCUUGGGAAGGCUUGGAUAGAUGCUGAUAAUUAAUUAAGGAGAUUUAAAUUCGGUAGUUUGAAGUAACAAGACUAGUUUUUACCACUUA